GACUCGUCAUCCAGAGUCGCAACGACAAAGGCAAAGGUCCAGUAGCGACAGUGAUCGUCCAGCGGGGGACGCUGAAGCGAGGCAGCGUGCUGGUCGUGGGGAAGAGUUGGGCUAAAGUGCGUUUGCUGUUUGAUGAGAACGGGCAGGCGGUGAAGGAGGCGGGGCCGGGCAGGGCAGUGGAGGUGGUCGGUUGGAAGGAGCAGCCGUCAACUGGAGAGGUUCUACUGGAGGUGGAGUCAGAGCAACAGGCGAAGGAGGUGGUGAGCUGGAGGAUCUAUGAGGAGGAGCAGCAGUGGCUGCAGGAGGAGCAGAGCGCCAUCGAGCUCAAACAGAAGGAACACCUGCAGGAGUACAGGAAGGAGAGGGAGGAGCUAAGUCACCUGAGCUGGAGGAAGAGGAGGGCAGCUGUGUACCAAGCUAACAAGUACAAGUACUGCAUGAGGCCGAGCGAGAAGACGCAGAGAGACGAUCUGAUCCUGCCGCUCAUCAUCAAAGGUGACGUGAACGGCUCGCUGGAGGCCAUCCUCAACAUCCUGGACAGUUACGACGCUCAGCAGCAGUGUGACCUCGAGGUGGUUCACAUCGGCAUCGGAGACAUUUCAGAGAACGACGUCAACGUGGCGGAAACAUUCUCAGGUUCGAUUUACGGCUUCAACGUCAGGGCCACUAAGUCCGUCCAGCAGCUGGCGGCGAAACGGCGCGUCCCGCUCCGACUUCACAACAUCAUCUACAAACUGGUCGACGAGCUGAAGGAGGAGCUCGGCGCCAAACUGCCGCCGCUCGUCUCCGAGAACAUCGUGGGUGAAGCGACGGUUCUCGCCAUAUUUGAGGUCUCAGUGGGGAAGAAGAAGGUUCCCGUCGCCGGCUGUCGGGUUCAGAAAGGUCAGCUGGACCGCCAGCUGAAGUUCAGAGUGAUCCGAGGCCAGGACGCCGUCUGGGAGGGUUCUCUGGCGGCGUUGAAGCAUCACAAAGACGACGUGCAGACGGUGAAGGUGGGGAUGGACUGCGGCCUGUCGGCUGACGGAGACCUUGACUUCAUGCCCGGUGACGUCGUCGUCUGCUUCGAGAAGGCGAACGUGCCGCAGGUCACUUCCUGGGACCCUGGCUUCUAAUGACUUCAUCUCCCAGCAUCCUCUGCUGCAAACAGGAAGUUGGACUAACUGCUGACGUACAGACUUCCUCAGUUUGGGUCAUAAAAUCAUUUCCUGCUUCGGCACGUCUGAGUGACAUCACUUCCUCCCAACAGACUGAGCCCGGACUUUAAACUCAGUUCUGGACUUCAUCAGGUCCCGGUGCCGGUCCAGUGAAUUCUCCACCUGACGCUCUAUUUCAAGAGAUAACUGCUGUUUUUUGAUGCCAUUAAAAUAAAACUCAUUAAAACUCA